AUGGGCAAGAUUCGCUGGGAUGCUGCAAAUGACCAAAUCAUCCUCGAGAUCCAUGAUAUCUCUGUCGAUGCCAACGCGAUUGCGGCGGCCUGGCGUAAGUAUUCCACCACUUACCUUGAUACAACUUCACUCCCCCUAACAUCUAUCCCAGCCGGUGAGGAGGCUUGCAAGCCCACCCCACGGGCCAUCAAGGAGCGCAUCACGAAGAUCCGAGAUCUGGUCCGACGAGCCAAGACCGCGGACACGGAUGAUGCGAAGACCGGCGCCCCCAAGAAGGCUCGCUCCCGAAAGUCGACCAUGGAUGGGGCCGUAGAGCCCAAGACCCCAGCUCGAAAACGGAAGCGCGCCAACUUGGCCAGCCCCAACGAGGGCCUGAUCAAGACCGAGCCGACGGCGGAGGAGUUCGACAAGCUCUUCGCCGACAACGCGCGUGAGCUUUCUGAAGAGGCUCUGGCUCGUCUGGACGGCCUGGAUGUCCAGCAGGUAAAGCACCUGAAGUCCAGUUUCCUGUCGGCUCGUGGGGGCGAGUCUGACGAGGACUUCGAGAUCGAGGAAGCCUCUCCUUUUGAGGCCCUUCACUGA